AUGCCCCUACUCCGGCGGAGAAAGCCAUCGACCGCAUCUGACGACAAAGAUAAGAACGAGGAGCCGGAAUCGAAGGAUGUUGUGGAGGAUUCCCAGCAAAAGCCUCACGAGUCUUCGAAAACCCACAAACGCGCAGGUUCUGGAAGCCAAAAGGUGAGAUGGUCGUGUGUCGAUUCGUGCUGUUGGUUCAUCGGUUGUGUUUGUGCGACAUGGUGGUUUCUAUUGUUCCUAUACAACGCAAUGCCCGCGAGCUUUCCUCAGUACGUAACAGAGGCAAUCACGGGUCCGUUGCCUGACCCACCUGGUGUGAAGCUCAGGAAAGAAGGUUUAAUGGCGAAACACCCCGUCGUGUUCGUCCCUGGGAUUGUCACUGGUGGGCUUGAGCUUUGGGAAGGCAAACAUUGUGCCGAUGGAUUGUUCAGGAAGCGUUUGUGGGGUGGGACUUUUGGUGAGGUGUACAAAAGGCCUCUGUGCUGGGUGGAACACAUGUCUUUGGAUAAUGAAACUGGGCUGGAUCCUUCUGGUAUUAGGGUCAGACCUGUUUCAGGGCUCGUGGCUGCCGAUUACUUUGCUCCAGGCUACUUCGUCUGGGCAGUGCUGAUCGCUAACUUGGCUCAUAUCGGAUACGAAGAGAAGAACAUGUACAUGGCUGCUUAUGACUGGAGACUUUCCUUUCAGAACACUGAGGUGCGUGACCAGACACUCAGCCGUAUUAAAAGUAACAUAGAGUUGAUGGUUGCUACCAAUGGUGGGAGAAAAGCAGUUAUAGUUCCACAUUCCAUGGGGGUAUUGUAUUUUCUACAUUUCAUGAAAUGGGUUGAAGCACCGGCUCCUAUGGGUGGUGGGGGUGGUCCGGACUGGUGUGCAAAGCAUAUAAAAGCAGUGAUGAACAUUGGUGGACCGUUUCUCGGUGUUCCAAAAGCUGUUGCAGGGCUUUUCUCUGCUGAAGCAAAGGAUGUUGCAGUUGCCAGGGCACUUGCACCAGGCUUCUUAGAUAACGACAUAUUCCGCCUUCAGACGUUGGAGCAUGUAAUGAGAAUGACACGCACAUGGGACUCGACUAUGUCCAUGGUACCAAAGGGAGGAGACACGAUAUGGGGCGCUUUUGACUGGGCACCCGAGAAAGGCUAUACAUUUCGCGGGAAAAAGCAAAAGGGCAACGAGACUCGAGCUGCAAAUGGUAAAGAUGGUGACAAGACAAAGUAUGUUAACUACGGAAGGGUAAUAUCAUUCGGUAAAGAAGUGGCAGAGGCACCAUCAUCUGAGAUUCAGAAGCUUGAUUUCAGGGGUGCGGUGAAAGGACAGAGUAUAGCUAACAACACAUGUCGGGACGUGUGGACAGAGUACCAUGAUAUGGGAAUUGGAGGGAUCAAAGCCAUUGCUGAGUAUAAGGUCUAUACUGCAGAUUCAGUCAUAGAUUUGCUUAAUUUUGUUGCCCCGAAGAUGAUGGCUCGGGGUGCCGCUCACUUCUCUUAUGGCAUUGCUGAUGAUUUGGAUGAUCCAAAGUACUCACAUUACAAGUACUGGUCGAAUCCAUUGGAGACAAAAUUACCCGAUGCACCAGAGAUGGAGAUAUUCUCCUUGUACGGAGUUGGGAUAUUGACGGAAAGAGCAUACGUCUACAAGGUUAACCAAUCUCCCGACAGCUGCAUCCCCUUUCAGAUCGACACAUCAGCACACGAAGAGGAGGAGGAAAGCUGUCUGAAAGCGGGGGUUUACCACGUGGAUGGGGACGAGACAGUACCUGUCCUAAGCGCGGGUUUCAUGUGCGCAAAGGCAUGGCGAGGAAAGACGAGGUUCAACCCUUCGGGGAUCAAGACUCAUAUCCGAGAAUACGACCACUCUCCCCCGGCUAAUCUCCUCGAGGGACGAGGCACUCAGAGCGGCGCCCACGUCGAUAUCAUGGGGAACUUUGCUCUGAUCGAAGAUAUCAUGAGGGUUGCGGCUGGAGGCAGCGGUUCUGACCUCGGAGGCGACCAGGUUCACUCCGAUAUCUUCCGAUGGUCCGAACGUAUCGACCUCGAGCUGUGAAAUCCGGUGCUGGAGACGAAAACACCGAGGCGUUGCAGUGUAACGUUUUGGAUCGUAUUACCUGAUUAUGGUUUCUGGAUUUGUGUUUUGUUGGUCCGUCGAAGACGCAGUUUCAUGUCAUGAUUCUGAUGUAAAUUUAUGUACAUUUCUAUUUUGCGAUGAACUCAUAAACUAAGCUUGGGAAGCUUUUCUUUGUACUCCAUGAUGAUGUUCUUCGGAAACAUUACAUGGAUCAAUUCUCUUCUAUAUUUAUA